CGGAAUACGCAGCGACAGUGAAAUGAUGUCCAGCCAGUGCUGGCGUACUGCUCGGAUAAUAUGCAUGAUGGGAAAGCUCUGUGUGUACGCCUCUGUGGUGCAGCUUUGGUGACUGUUUCUGUGUAGCCAGCACAAAAAGCAUCCUUGGACUGCAGGUUUUACUGGAUAUGGGACUAAAGUGUGGAGACCCAACCUUGGAAAUUGUGCUUUGGCUUCGAGACCUUCUCAGUUUACAUCUCAGUGCUUCUUUUUCUUCCUUACAUUUAGCUGCAGAAGUAGCCGUUACAGAUGUGGAGUUCCUUAGGCUCAGGUAUGGAUCAGCAGUAAUGCAAUCUCUGAACUAUAAUCUGCAAUCAUGGACAGGUUUUCAUUCUACAGUGCUGCUGUGUCCACUCAUAGCCUGAUCCCGAUGUUAAAGUCCUGCUCGGCUGAACAAGUUUCUGUGCGUUGAUAAGGUCGGUGUGCUCAUUCACGCGUAGUUCUCAGCCUCGGAGUAAACUGACGCCUGCUCCUUUUCUGCUUUUCUUUCACACGCAUUUCUGAAAGCAUGGCUCGACUAAGGAGAAGAUCUUGCAUGCUUCUUUUUCUCUUCGCGCUCUUCGUGCUCGGGACUCUGAUGGGACUGAGGACCCUGAAACCGAGUGAUGGAUUCUCCGAUCUGGACCAUCUGGGCAUCAGGGGGGAGAAAGCAGACAGUCGCGCUGUUUUGAGUGAUGUCCUGUCAUCAGCCGCUCAGGAAGGCGCUGGAGCAGGUAACGCAAGACCAGCCGGCUCGAACCCGAGUCCGGACAGAGGCGUAUCCUACGAUGUCCAUAUAUUUUACUACUCCUGGUACGGGAACCCGCAGACGGAUGAGAGAUACUUGCAUUGGGACCAUAUUCUGGUGCCACACUGGGACCCCAAAAUCGCCGCCAGUUAUCCGAGAGGAAGACAUGUGCCCCCGGAGGACAUCGGCUCGAGUUUUUAUCCUGAACUGGGGCCGUACAGCUCGAGGGAUCCGGAAGUGCUGGAGUCUCACAUGGAGCAAAUUAGCACUGCAGGAGCAGGUGUGGUGGUGCUGUCCUGGUAUCCUCCCGGUUUGGCUGAUGAUCAUGGGGAGCCUUCUGAAGAUUUGGUACCAUCGAUCCUGGAUGCUGCACUCAGGCACAAUUUAAAGGUGGCGUUUCAUAUCCAGGCCUAUAAAGGAAGGACUGAUCAUGGCUUACAUAACAACAUCAAAUACAUCAUCGACAGGUACGGAGAUCAUGGGGCUUUUUACCGCUUCAGCAUCACCAAUGGGAAAGUGCUGCCUCUUUUCUAUAUCUACGACUCUUACCUGACUCCUACUGAGGCUUGGGCAGAGUUGCUAACCUCCACAGGCUCUCACAGUCUGCGUGGAACCCCAUAUGAUGGUGUCUUCGUUGCACUCAUUGUGGAUGAGAAACACAAGCAUGACAUCCUUGCUGGAGGAUUUGAUGGGAUGUACACAUAUUUUGCUUCCAACGGAUUCUCCUAUGGCUCCUCUCAUCAAAACUGGAAGGGCCUCAAGGCCUUUUGCAAUGGCAACAACUUGCUCUUUGUGCCGAGUGUGGGUCCUGGCUAUAUCGACACCAGUAUACGGCCCUGGAACAACCACAACACUCGCAACAGAGUGAACGGCAGAUACUACGAAACUGGUCUCCAAGCGGCACUGAAUGUGCAGCCGGAGAUCGUUUCCAUUACUUCCUUCAACGAGUGGCAUGAGGGCACACAGAUUGAGAGGGCAGUACCUAAAAAGACCAUCAGGCGGGUGUACCUGGAUUACCAGCCACACGAGCCAGAUCUCUAUCUAGAACUAACCAGGACAUGGGUCGAGCAGUUUCGCAAAGAGAAAGAGCGAUGGCGUGUUUGAUGUGGAGUUGUUUGAAAUAGUUUGGAGCAGACCUGUUUGCUUUGGUGUAUUGCAGGGUGCUGUAUAUAGGCAUGAUAAAUGGGAGACUUCAAAAAUUUUUUAUCAGUCACAUAAGCUCAAUUUGCAUCUGGAACAGACAAAGAGAAGCCCUUCCUUUGCUAAUCUUCAGUAUUUCAGAAUGUCAAAGGAACACAGGAUCAAAAGAGUGGCAUGACAAGUUUAAGAGUUGUGACAUCUCCAUGUUACAGCCCAGAGAUCUUUAAAUGAAAUGGUCUUUUCCCAGAAUGUUCCAUAAUAAGAAUAAUAAAAAAUAAUUCAAAGCUCACAAAUCAAGAACAUUACCUAUGCUGUUUAGUUGCAUGAAGACAUGUAGCACUUAGCAAUAUGUCGGGAAGGACAGGUUAAAAAAAAAAAUCAUCCCCUUAAGCCCUUUGCUUUAAAGUUUGCCCAAAUAAAUCUGUCAAACAACAUAAAACACUGAAACAAAUCUAUUUAGGUAAUUUUUGCGUACUUCAGUAUUGUCUUUAAUAAAGCAUUGAUGUGAUUGGUAAGCAUUUUUUUCCACAGCCAAAUUAUUUUAAAGCAAAGCUCAAAAUUAUUCUUCAUCAGGUAGCACUGGUGCUCCCAUUUCAGAAAGCUAGGAGUACCAACACUAACAAAUAUACAGAAGCACACACCAAAAUCUUUGGUGUACCAAUAGACAGUAUGUGUGUGCUGUCUGCAAUACGGCACAGAGUGAAGCCAUGGAGGUGAAGUGUUACAAAUGUAGCCUAAUAUUAAACUUGGAAGUAGUAUCAGAAUUAAUUUUGCCAGCUAGCCACCUAUUGUUAGCCAAGAUUUACCUUUACGAAGCUUAGUACAUUUUCAGAGACAAAACAAUGAAUGACACACAACAUAAACAAAGUUUAA